AUGGAAGAUUUCGUUAUCUAUCGAAGGAAUGGUGGAUGUUGUAGUCUUUGUCAUCUGGGAGCUAGUCAUCUUAGCAUUCUUAGUGUUUUCAGCGGUUUCCUUGUACUUCAAGCGGUUGCAACUCGCAUUCAUCUUGGUUUGUGUCACUUUGCUACUACUUAUUUGCAUGAAGGUCACAAAGCAAGUGAGAUUAGCCAGGAAGAAGAAGCGAAGGAUGCUUCUUCCGCUAUCUAUGUAAAGACCAAACCAUAUGAGAAGUUUGCAACCUUUUUUCUUUUACUUGUGGAUAAAGACGACACUUACGCUCACGUCGCCACUGGCAGGUUACCGGGCUAUAGAGGUUUGAGUAAGGAUGCCUCAGCCAGGCAAUUUCAGGGUUUAGGGUUUAGAACGGUUUAG